UUUGAGGUUCGUAGAAUAGAUUAUUUCUGUAAUUGUUUGUAAGAGAAAGAUGUCAUCGUCUGACGAGGGAAGUGACAAGUUGACGGAUUUAGAAGCGAUUCGUGAUAAAAUUUUAAGUGAACCGCGGAGUGAGCGUAUGCAAGUCAGUGCUUGGGAAGACGAUGAUGAUGGAGUAGAAGCUGACCGUGAUGCGAAAGAGCCUGAUGCACAAGAAAUUCUCCAUGCAGCUGAAAAAGGUAAUUUGGAAGAAGUGAAAAAGUUAGUACAAAGAAAUCCGCGAUUGUUAGAAUGCACUGAUAAGGAUGGUUACACUCCGCUACAUAGAGCAUGUUAUGGAAAUCAUGUGGAAGUUGUAGAGUAUUUACUUCAUGCCGGUGCACAGAUAGAUGCUAAAACUAUGGAUGGUUGGCAGCCACUGCACUCAGCUUGUUGCUGGAAUAAUGUGGAAUGUGCUGCAGUCUUAAUUGCAUAUGGAGCAGAUAUCAAUGCUAAGAGCAAAGGGGAUCAAACACCUUUGCAUUUAGCAUGUGCGAGUUCGCACAAUUCUCGUUCCUUGCAACUCCUUCUCCUACAUUCAGACACAAAUCCUCGUUUAGUAAAUUCAAGUGGUGACACAGCGGAACAAAUUGCUAAAAGAUCAGGAAAGUAUUAUCCAAUGUUUGAGAUUAUUGAAGACUGCUUAAAUGUAAUCUGA